AUGAGUAGCUACGAGACUGAACAUGCCUCUGACCCACCAAAUGGCAGUCAAAGCCAGUCACGCCGACCCGAUCUCUCCACCUUCCUGAGUCUCCUCUCUGAAGUCACGCCCGACCGACCAGAAGAACGAGCUCGUGAAGGGGCCGUUCCCGUUCCUGCCGAUGUCUCGGCCGUCUUUCGCUCCCUUGCAGAGGCAUUCGAAGUAAUGCGAAGGGUUAACGACAAUGCCGACUCCAACCUGCUCGAGAGCAUGAUCCAGAACCUGAUGGACACUGCCGAACGACCUCCCCGGGAAGUCAAGGGUGUGGACGAGGAAUACAUUGCUGCUUUGGAGCGAGUCAACAUCAAAAAGGUCAAGAAAGAUGCCGACUGCCCUAUCUGCGGUAACGCUUUUGUCGAAGAUCCUCAUCCGCUGCUGGUGCGCCUUCCCUGCCAUCAAAGUCAUAUCUUUGAUCUUGAGUGCAUACGUCCGUGGCUGUUGGUGAACGGGACAUGUCCUUUGGACCGGGUUGACCUGGCGCAAAGGGAAAGAGAUCGAAAGAAGAAACAUCUGGAAGAGAUCAAAAAGAAUGCUGCACCUGACGAUGAAGAAGAGGAAUGGGAUGGACUCUAUGGGUGA